AUGCUUCAUCUGGGGAUUAGACUCUGUCAACCUUUAGGACAAGCUCGCUGGUUUGCCUCUCAUAUUGUAUCUCAUCAACUAUGGUUCUAUGCAUCUGACGUCCCUAAGAGGAAGCCUUAUACCCCAGAUUAUAAACCAACAAGAUCACCCCAAAAAUUCUUAGCAUUUAGUCAAGAUGAUUGCGAAAGGCUUGAAGCAUUUUAUCAGAGCUGGGCAUCUAGUCAAACCAAGAAAUCAAGAGUUCCUGUAAAUGAAGAUCUUUUAUUCAAUGUUGAUUUAGCAAAUAUGGAGUUAAAUGCUGCGUAUUGGGAUGCACCGACAUAUGAAGUACGACGUGGGAUUUGGUUUGAUUCUCAAGAUAGACCAUUAUCUGCAGAAUUGACUGAAGAAUUGGAAAAGUUUCGUAGUCAGUUGGAUUUCGAUUCCCCUGAAGAACUACAAAAUGACGUUUGUAAAUUUACUAGAACUUAUGAAGAAGGCAAUUUAGUGGUAUUUGUCGAUAAAAAGACAGCUUACAUCUUACAAGACAUGGAUGGUGGCGAUCUGCAAUUGAAUCUCAUUAGGGCCAACAUUAGUUCACCACUACUAUUGAAGGGGACGAAAAUUUUUAGAUCAGAUUUCCAAGAUUUACAUCAUGGUUCGAAGAAUAAGGUGGAUCAUAGACGUAAUCAAUUGGGUAAAAUUUCAGAACUGAUUACUUGGGAAGUGCUAGAUUUGUUUGGAAUCAAUGCUCCCAAGACCAAGGAAUUGGAAAGCCAAAGAGAGAACGACAUUUUGGAAAGAGAAAUUGAAAGCGAUUAUGAUAAUCAAGGUCCUUCUAACUCACGCGAUAUUAACCAUUUGGUUCUCUGUGUACAUGGCAUUGGCCAAACUUUGGGUAAAAAAUAUGAAUAUGUGAAUUUUGCUCACACUAUUAAUCAAUUGCGUACCCACAUGAAGAAAAUCUACGACGAGUCUCCGUCUUUGCAAGAAUUAAACCAUCAAAAUGGAUUCAAGGAUUGGAAAAACAACUGCAACGUCCAGGUUCUACCGAUUACAUGGAGACAUGAAAUUGGUUUCAAAACAGAUGCCACUGCGAAGAAUCCGGAAGAUCCAUCAUUACCGACAUUAUCCAAUAUUACAGUUAAUGGUGUAUUAGGGUUAAGAAGACUAUUAGGCGAUGUCGCAUUAGAUAUUUUACUUUACAGUGAGCCUCACUACAAGGAAAAAAUCAAGACUCAAGUGACAAGACAGAUAAAUGAAACGUAUCAUCGAUUUAAGGAACGUACACCUGGAUUUGGAGGCAAAGUUCAUCUCAUUGGCCAUUCCUUAGGUAGUCUUAUCUUAUGGGAUAUUUUAAGCGAACAGCACAAGUACAAAUUGGAUUUUGACGUCAAUAAUUUCUUUUGUGUUGGUUCACCGAUUGGUGUCUUUAAACUAAUCCAGAGAUCCAAAAUUGGUAGCUCAGAGCCUCAAGAGAUGGAAAAUUUGAGAAGAGAAAGGCCAUCCUGUGAUUGCCUUUACAAUUUAUUUCACGUCUGUGACCCUAUCGCCUACCGAUUAGAGCCAUUAGUAGACGCCAGGAUGGCUCAAUACGAACAACGUUACCUUCCCCAUAGAACAGGUGAAAGUAUAACAUCUAAAAUGUUGGAAAUAGGCGGUAGUCUGUGGAAGGAAAAACAUGAAAAAUCUAAAAAGAAUAUGAACAAGAGGGAAACAUUGGAUCCUGAAAUUGCCUCGAGACUUACAGAUUUAAAUUAUACCGGUAGACUCGAUUACUCACUUCCGCCUGGAUUUUUAGAAGUAGAUUUCAUCUCAGCUGCCAAGGCUCACAUAUCUUAUUUUGAAGAUAUGGAUAUUGCGAACUUUUUACUCAAGGAAAUUCUCUCGAAUCAUCAAAGAGCUGAAGAGAUAGUUGUCGAGAAGCUACAAAUAGAAACGGGAUAA